AUGGAGGAAUACCCAGAAAAGGCGUUGUACCCCAAACUAGAAGACGAGAAGGAUCAAGAGCCAGAAGAAAUAGAUCUGAAGACCGUGAAACUAGAUGAAGAACCUUCUGUAGACGAUGGAAUGACUCUCGUCAUACACGCUACCGACUUCGCUGCUAGAAGACAUCGAUUUCAGAAAAGGAAAGACCCUGCUGGCACUCCUUAUAUUAACCAUCCUAUAGGUAGGUUAUCAAAUUAAUACAAGUCAUUUGCUCGUUUGACCAAAAUUUUUCUAACUUUACCUGCAUAACCUCAAAUUUUUCUGAACUUUGUGGUUUCAGGUACGGCUUACCUGUUGACAUCAGUGGGUAAGAUAACAGAUCCAGUUGUGUUAGCUGCUGCUAUGUUACACGACACAGUAGAGGACACGAAGACGACCUUAGAGGAGAUAAAGGAAGUGUUUGGGGAAGAGAUGUACAACAUUGUCAACGAAUGUACCGAUGACAAAAGUCUCCCAAAGGCCAGAAGAAAGGAGCUGAAGGUGGAAACAGCUGGAGAUCUGUCUCAUAAGGUAUGUUAUUAAGGUUGCCACCCUUUAAAUUGCACCAACUUUAAUCACAGUAUAAUAGUAUUACAAGAUGUUGUCAAGUUUAAUCUGAAAAUAUUGUUUUUAGGCCAAGCUGGUACACCUAGCAGACAAACUCUACAAUCUUCGUGAUAUCGAACGCGUAGUGCCAGCCGGUUGGAACAAAUCGAGAGUCAAGGAGUACUUCUUGUGGUCUCGUGAUGUUAUAGCCAAACUAAAGGGAACGAAUGAAGCCUUGGAAGUAGCUCUUGAUGAUGUUAUCAACACCACUUUGGCCAAGUAUGGUGCCUAA